AUGCCGCUGAUCGCACAAAAUCCCCUGCCUCGGCUCAUCCUCGGCUUGAUGACCUUUGGCCCAACCGAGUCUAAGGGUGCCCGCAUCACCUCCCUCGACGAAUACAACAAGUGCUUGGACUACUUCCAGCAGCAGGGCUUCAAUGAAGUCGACACUGCUCGGAUCUAUGUCGGUGGCGAGCAGGAGGCCUUCACGGCAAAGGCUAACUGGAAGGAGCGCGGCCUGACCCUGGCGACAAAAUGGUACCCGCAAGAACCCGGUGCACACAAGCCUGCCGUGUUGCGUGAGAAGCUUGAGCUGUCUCUGAAGGAGUUGAAUACCAACCAGGUCGAUAUAUUCUACCUGCACGCGCCUGAUCGCUCAGUUCCAUUUGCGGAGACUUUGGAGAUGGUCAAUGAGUUGCACAAGGAGGGCAAGUUUGUCCAGUUUGGUCUGAGCAACUACACUGCCUUUGAGGUCGCGGAGAUUGUCACCACCUGCUCUGAGAGGGGCUGGGUGCGGCCUACAAUUUUCCAGGCCAUGUAUAAUGCUAUCACUCGCAAUAUCGAGACUGAGCUAGUUCCCGUUUGCCGGCGCUACGGUCUAGACAUUGUUAUUUACAACCCUCUGGCCGGAGGAUUGUUCUCUGGAAAGUACAAGACCAAGGACGUCCCCGCGGAAGGAAGAUAUAGCGAUCAUAACGGUACCGGAAACAACUAUCGUAACCGAUACUUCCGGGACGCCAACUUUGAAGCUCUCAGCCUAAUUGAGCCCGUUGUCGAGAAGCAUGGCUUGACGCUAAUUGAAACAGCCUUGCGAUGGGUGCGCCACCACUCGGCCCUGAAGAUGGGUGAUGGAGGCCGCGACGGCGUUCUGGUUGGAGUGAGCAGCUUCGGUCAGCUGGAGACUAAUCUGAGGGACCUACAGAAGGGUCCGCUACCGGAGGAAGUUGUGGAGGUUUUGGAUCAGGCCUGGAUGGUCGCCAAGCCUUACUCUACCAACUACUGGCAUCUGGACCUGAAGUAUACUUACGAUACCCAGGAAGCCCUGUUCAAGCCCAAGCCCAAGGCAUAA